AUGUCACAGUCAACAUUGAUACCGCCAUCAUCCUCAGCCUCCACAGCAUCACAAGCCUCAUUAUUAUUAUUAUCAGUGCCAUCAUCUGUGUCGUCAACCUCCAACUUCGCUUCGUCAUUAUCAUUAUCAACGUCUUGUUGUCGCCGAAUCUAUGGAUUUGUACAGUGUGUUAGUCAAAAAUUCGCUAUAAAGUCAAAAUAUCAUGUUUUGAUUAAGAUUACACCGUGUGCAGAUUGUUUUUGUAACCCUGUGUAUAAUAUUUUAGUCCAAUGGGAUUGUAAUUCUACUACAGUAACAGCUGAAGAGGAAUGUUUAAAAUUUAUACGUACAUGUCGUUUAAGACGAUGGGUGUGUAUAUAUCAACUUAAAGAGAGUAGAAUAUACCAUAAAGAAAAUCGUGAAAAAAAGAUAUGGCUAUUUAUUCCGAAUCAAAGUUAUGUAGAAGUAUGCCCAACAACACCAGAAAUGACUAUUAAUCAUAUGUCGUGUUCUCCAUUUCCAGUAUGCCUUACAUCACCUAUUGGGUUGAUUACAUCCAUACAUUUAUACCUUCUCCACAUACAUAAUAAUGGAAUGUUAAUGUUGUUCAAAGAUACCACGACUACUACUACUACUAAUACUAUUGGUAGUAGUAAUUAUUCCUCCUAUGAAAUAUAUUAUUUACUAUUGAAUAUUGAAAAAUUUUUGUUUCAAUCAAAUUGUGAGCUGAUAACACUGCUAGCAAUGGUAGCAAAAAAAAACAACAACUAUUCAAAUUUUAAAUGUGAGACGACAAGCAACGGAAGGCGACGUGGGAACAGGACGAGGAGGAGACUGUACGCUAUUCUUAUUCCUGGAAUUUAUUCAUCAUCAAUAAUUGAUAAAUCAAAUCAGUUUUCAAUUGAAACAUAUUUCCCAAUCGACACGAACUUACAAACGCCAGUCUGCAAAGGUGAAUGUUGCCAAUUGGCGAAUAAACAAUUCGAUAGAAAAAAGCUUUCAUUAUUAUUACAUAAUUUACAAUACAUACAUGAUAUAUCAAUAGAAUGCCAAGCAACUGGUUUGAAAAAUGAAACAUUGCUUUCUAAGUUUAGCGAAUCAAAUUGUCAAGAAACGGGGAAAAAAAAGCAGCAGCAGCAGACAAAUUCAUUGAAGAAAAUUUCUACUAACACUACUUCUACUACUUCUAAAUCAUAUCAGUAUACAGAAGACUUUAUCGAAUUUCCAUUCAUGUCAAUGUAUAAUAAGCUAAAAAGUAAUAAUAAUUAUUGUUAUAAUUUAUCGCAGUUAAUGUCAAUUGUCCCAAUAAUAGACAGUUCGUUAACAAAUACUAAAGAUAAAUUGUAUAAAAUAUUAUCAGUUAAUGAAUGUAUCAGUUAUGUGCAUUCUAUUCAUUCUGGAGAAAUCAUCAACUUCGGCACUGCAACGACGGUAACGUCGUCAGCAUCAUCAUCAUCAGAGGAAAAGAAAUGCCAGUAUCAGUAUUCAUGGAAUGUUGAAAUACAUAAGAAAAUAUUAACGUUCACCGUUGACAAUAAAACAACUGAACACCAUCAUGUAUUGAAACGUUUAACUUCUGGCAAUAAAACAAUUAAUUUCAACCAGUCAAAUAAUCUGAUGGUGAAAUAUUUCACAUCAUUUCUGAUUGGUUCAAUUUUAUGGAACCACAAUGAUGGUUGUUUUCAUAUUCACGGAAUAGAACGUGUUAUUUCCUCCAACUUAUUUCCUACUACUAAAUAUUCUGAAAGUAGUCAGGGAAAUUAUUAUAAAGAAAAUAUCUCUCUUCCCAUAAUUCUUGAUAUGGAUACUACAAGUGGAAUGCUUUCAUUGAAUAUGCUAACAGAUCAUAGUAUAGUAUUAUUGAAAGAUGUACAAGUGAUUAUUGAUGAAGGAUACUCUCCCAUAGAACUGUGUCGAAAUCACGAAACCCGUUUAAAUCAUCCACAGUCAUUGCCUAUGAUUCAAAGAAUCUAUAUCUGUGCUAAAGACAUCAUACCAUUACAAAUCAAUUACAGUCGUGAAAACAUUAUUCAAGGUCAAGACGACACUGAACACUAUCAAUCUUCAAUGAUUCUUCUCCAUUUAAGUCAACUGUCUACUUCUUCCACACCUAUACUCUCUGAAAUCAAUAAUAAUAAUAAUAAUAAUGAUAACAAUAAUGCGUCUUCUAUAGAAAUGCCUGAAGAGAUUGAAAAUCCUUUAUACUCAUAUGUAUUUAUUGGAAAAUCGAUCAAUCAUAAUCAUGAUCCCAAUACUAUGAUUCAUCAUUUAACACUUACUGGUUCUUUAGCCUAUCGAUGGUAUUCCAACUUUCAUAUUGGUAGGGAAUAUCAACUGACAUGGCGUAGAGUAGUUGCUACUUCUGUGGGAACUCCCUCUCCGCUGAUGUCGUCAUCUUCACACUCCUCUGAUAUGUACCAAUUAACAAAUGUCUCUGUAAUGAGACGCCAAUCAAAUAUAUCCAAUGAUGAUGACGAUGAUAACGAUGACGAGGAGCAGAAGGAAGAUGCUGCUGUACAUUGUAUUCAAUUAAAUGAUAUUUUAAAUUCUCCGCCAAAAAGUAUUGAUUCAAUGUUCAAUUUUGAGGGGAUACUUUUGUUUAAAUCGUAUUGUACAUUGAAUAAAGUAUGGAUAGUAUGGAUGACAGAUAAAUUAUUAAAAUUAAAUAAUAAUAAUAAUGGAGAAUGUAUAUAUGAAUGUGGAACUGUUUAUCAAAUACAAGUAUCCGACAAUAACAAUAAUAAGAACAAUAACGAUCAUUUGAAGAAGUUGCUUAUGCAUAAUCCUGGAAAAAUUCUGCCCUAUUAUUAUAAAUUUAUAAAUUUUAUUCUAACAUCGCUUGUCUCCUCAACAUCGUGUACAUCAAUGUUUUACUGCAUGAAUGUGAUGUCUACACCCUCCUCAGAGAUAAUAAUUAUGAGCGAAAGUGAAAAUAUGCAUUCAACACUCGUCGAGGAUGUAAAUGACACACCACUUUUAGAAAUGAUGAAUAUAUCAUUAAUGGAAGAGGAGAAUAACACUAUGAGUUUAAUGCCGAUCGUAGAGAGCAAUAAUCAUUUUGAUUGGAUCAAUAAUGCAGAAGGAGAUCAUGGAUCAUUAACCAAAGAAUGUAUUACUGUACAAGCUACAAUUUUACGAUGUUUAGAAUUUCAGAUAUAUCGUUUGCCCAACAUUAACGAAAAUGAAACUUCUCCUAAUUUCGGUAUUUGUCUACGAUUUAUUAUCAGUGAUGGCAGUGGAUCUGCACUUGUACAAUUAGGGAAUCAUCCUUCAUCAACUGUCACCGGUGUUACACCACCACAUCUCCCUACAUCAAACGAUAAUACCAAUUUAAUGUUGUCGUCGUCUUUGUCUUUGAAAAAUAAUGAUGAAUUAAGCCAUUUAGAAUUAGCGCGUCUCCUCUUAGGAUUCAAUGUUUCAAUAUGGAAAAAAUUAUGCUGUCAAUUGAAUUGUUUAUUAUUAUCAUCAACACCAAUAAGUCUUUAUGAUGUUUUAAAUAAUAAUAAUAUUAUUAUUCCGCAUGAAUAUACUACUUUUAAUUCAUCAAUGAAUGAUGUCAUAAUCCACAGAAAUGAUUUCUUGGCAUCGAUAAAACAGGCAUUGAAAGUUUACUUAGAAUCACCAGCAUUUUUAAGAAAUUAUCGUUUCACUUUAAAGAAACGUCAACCACUAGUCAGGAAUAUUCCUUCACGAUAUCAUCAUCGUUGUACACCUUCAACAUCAGCGCUGUCGUCUUCAGAACGUUGGAGAUUGAAACGUAUCAAUUUGUCGAAUGGUUGUGAUUCACUGACAUCGAAUAAUUAUCGUGAUCAACGCCAGCAACACCAGUCUGUUUAUUUUGUUCUACCUCCGUAUAAAUUGUAUACUUUGAUAAAUGUUACUUCGCAUACUGAUGAUGUGAUUUUGAAAUAA